AUGUCAGAUAACGAAGAAAGACAAUUACUAUUACCAACAGAGACAACGAUAACGACAUAUACAACAGAGGAUAGAGAAGGGCAGAUACCAAUAGUUACACAGCAAAAGGAGAAAAAAGUAUGGAUAUGGACAAGCAAGUCAUAUGUAUGGUCAUUGGCUACACUUGUUUUAUUAUUUGUUGUUUUUAGUGGUUUAGAAUAUGCAUUGUUCAAGUUAAAUAUACCUUCAGUCAACCCUGAAGAUAGAGACGAUAUCAAAUUUCCUAGAAAUUUAGAACAAUUACGUCGAUUGAAUGAAAUAUUGUCUACUUAUAUGGAUGAACAUUUUAUCAAUAUAUACAUUACAUUCUCUAUUACAUAUAUAUAUUUACAGAGUUUCUCUAUACCAGGUUCCAUGUGGUUAUCUAUUCUCGGUGGUGCAUUGUUCAAUUUCUGGCUUACAUUGUUUACUGUUUCCUUGUGCUCAGCUAUUGGUUCAUCUGUAGCCUAUAUUAUUUCAGGGAGCCUUGGUUCUUUGGCUGUCAUGAGGUUGAUUGGUGAUAGAAUUGCUAAAUGGAAUCAACAGUUAAUUCAUCAUAAACAGCAUAUGCUGAAUUAUAUUAUCGUCUUGAGAAUAUCUCCAUUGCCUCCCAAUUGGCUUGUGAAUCUGGGUUCACCUCAUCUUUCUGUACCUUUCACAUCCUUCUUUUGGGGAACAUUCAUUGGGGUUGCAGCGCCCUCGUUUAUUCACGUUCAAGCAGGGGCAGCAUUGGAUAGACUUUCUUCAUCUGAUCAACUAGAAUUAUUGACUCCUAUUAACAUCUUAUGUUUAAUUGCCGUAGCUGUAGUUGCCUUGUUGCCUGUCUUUAUUAGGAAACGAUUUAAUUAUGAUAACGCAUAA